AUGGACUCGCGCUUCGCCCGUUUUCCCGUGAUGGCUCGCGCUGCGCCUUCUUCGCAGCAGAGGGGCGCCCGCCGCCCGCUCUUCGGUGUACCAGAGCCCGGCGUUGCAGGCGUCCGCGGCGCGCAGGCCCGGCGGGCGUCGCGGUUCGGCUCCGCUCGGCUCUCGGCUCGGCUCGGCUCGGCCCAGCCCAGCGACCCCGCCCCGUCUGCCCGCCCGCAGCGCUUCAGCCGACCACCUAGGCCGCCGCCCCCUUGUCACUCAAGCCGGGAGACACGCCCCUCCCCACUUUUGACCAAUGGCGGCUGCGGAAGCCGCAUAGUAAUGAGCUCGAGACCCACGCCGGCCAAUGGCGCGGACGACUCGGGCCGCGAUUUGCAUGCGGCCGUGCGGGCUCGGCUGGCGGCCGUGCCCGCGGGGCUGGGCGCGUUCACGCGAGCGCUGGACAUCAGCAUGAACAACAUUACUCAGUUGCCAGAAGACGCAUUUAAGGACUUCCCUUUCCUGGAGGAGCUACAACUGGCCGGCAACGACCUCUCCUUCAUCCACCCGAGGGCCCUGGCGGGGCUGACGGAACUCCGAGUGCUCACCCUGCAGAACAACCAGCUGAGGACAGUGCCCAGCCAGGCCAUGCGGGGCCUGAGUGCCUUGCAGUCCCUGCGCCUUGAUGCCAACCACAUCACCUCCGUGCCCGAGGACAGCUUCGAGGGGCUCGUGCAGCUGCGGCACCUGUGGCUGGAUGACAACAGCCUGACGGAGGUGCCCGUGCGGCCACUCAGCAACCUGCCCACCCUGCAGGCGCUCACGCUGGCCCUCAACAACAUCUCCAGCAUCCCUGACUUCGCCUUCACCAACCUGUCCAGCCUGGUCGUGCUGCAUCUUCAUAACAAUAAGAUCAAAAGGCUAAGUCAGCACUGUUUCGACGGCCUGGAUAACCUGGAGACCCUGGACUUGAAUUAUAAUAACCUAGAGGAAUUUCCUGAGGCCAUCAAAGCACUUCCUAGCCUGAAGGAGCUUGGCUUCCACAGCAACUCCAUCUCCAUCAUCCCGGACGGCGCCUUCAGUGGCAACCCUCAGCUGAGAACUAUACAUUUGUAUGACAACCCUCUGUCUUUUGUGGGAAACUCCGCAUUUCACAAUCUGUCUGAUCUACAUUCCUUAGUCAUCCGUGGUGCCAGCCUGGUGCAGAAUUUCCCCAACCUGACAGGCACGGUCCACCUGGAAAGCCUGACCCUGACAGGCACGAGGAUCAACAGCAUCCCCCACAGCUUAUGCGAGGAGCAGCGUGCACUGAGGACCCUGGACUUGUCUUACAAUAAUAUAAGAGAUCUUCCGAGUUUCAACGGCUGUCGUGCCCUGGAGGAAAUUUCACUGCAACGUAAUCAGAUCUGUCAGAUAACGGAAGACACGUUCCGUGGCCUGGUGUCCCUGAGGAUCCUGGAUCUGAGUAGGAACUGGAUCCACGAAAUCCACAGCAGUGCCUUCGCCACACUUGCGGCCAUCACUAACUUAGACGUGAGCUUCAAUGCACUGACCUCCUUCCCUACGGAAGGCCUGCGUGGGCUCAACCAGCUGAAACUGGUGGGCAACCUGGAGCUGAAGGACGCCUUGGCACCAGAGGACUUCGUGAGCCUCAGGUCUCUGUCAGUGCCGUAUGCGUAUCAGUGCUGUGCGUUCUGGGGUUGCGACUCCUACGCGAGUUUACACACGGAGGACAGCACCCUGCAGGACCACAGCGUGGGCGACAACAGAGGUGCUGCAGGCAGGGGCAAUGGCUCAGAAAGUGCAGAGCGUCGGGAGCACAGUCAAGUCAUCAUCCACUGCACGCCACCCACAGGCGCCUUUAAGCCCUGCCAGUACCUGCUGGGAAGCUGGAUGAUCCGCCUCACAGUGUGGUUCAUCUUCCUGGUGGCGCUGCUGGCCAACCUGCUGGUUGUGGUCACCACCUUCGCGCCCGGCGCGACACCCUCCACCUCUAAGCUGCUGGUGGGCCUGAUCGCCGUGUCCAACUUGCUCACUGCCGUCUACACUGGUGUGCUCACCUUCCUGGACGCCGCGUCCUGGGGCCGCUUCGCUGACUUUGGCAUCUGGUGGGAAACAGGGGGCGGCUGCCGGGCAGCCGGCUUCCUGGGUGUCUUCUCCUCCGAGAGCGCCGUGUUCCUGUUAGCGCUGGCGGCCGUGGAGCGGAGCCUGUCUGCCAAGGACCCAGCACGGAGCCGCAAGGGCCGACGCCGGGCAAGGGCGCAGGUGCGGGCGGCCGCGGGCCUGGCCUUCCUGGGCGCGGCAGCGGCGGGCUGCGCGCCCUUGGCCCGCGGCGGAGCCUUCUCGGCGUCGCCCCUGUGCCUGCCGUUCCCCGCCGGCGAGGCGCCCGCACUGGGCUUCUCGGCCGCACUGGUGCUGGUCAACUCGCUGGCCUUCCUGCUGGCGGCCGCUGUGUACUCGCGGCUCUACUGCGCGCUGGAGAAGGCGCGGCUGCGCGCCGGCGCCGUGCGCCACGUGGCCUGGCUCAUCUUCGCCGACUGCCUGCUCUUCUGCCCUGUGGCCUUCUUCUCCUUUGCACCACUCGUCGCCGCCGCCCCUGUCAGUCCCGAGAUCGCAAGGUCGGUCACCCUCAUCUUCUUCCCAUUGCCUGCCUGCCUCAACCCGGUGCUCUACGUGCUGUUCUGCCCGCAGUUCAGGGAGGACUGGGGCCGCCUGCGGGGACGCGUGGCCCGGGGAGGGGCAGGGCCCGGCUCUCCGGGCAGCAGGGACAGCCAGGGCGGCCGAGGGGACCACACCCCACGUCCGGACCACGCCGCCUGCGCCCACCCGCGCGCGCCGCUGGCAUUGUGCGACUGCUGCGAGGCCCUGCUCCUGGCCCGGCCAGCCGCCUGCGGGCUCCCAGGCAGGUCACACAGCUGCCCAGCCUUGGCAGCUGCACCCUGCGCAAGCCCCGAGGGCUUCUGGUUCGAGUGUGGCUCUCAGUCGGCCGACGAGGAGGACUCUUUCGUGUCAGACAGCUCGGAGCAGGUGCAGGCCUGCGGGCGAGCCUGCUUCUACCAGAGCCGUGGCUUCCCGCUGGUGCGCUAUGCCUACAACCUGCCGCGGGUCAGAGACUGAGCCGGCCCGUGUGACGGGUCCCUGCUCUAUCGCGCCUGGGCUGCUCCAGGAAGGCGGCUGGCAGCUCCAUUCCCCAGCAGACAGCUUCAGAGCAGAGGUGCAGGGGUUGUCAGCUGGUGAGAAAUGCCGUGGCUAGUCCGUGAGGCAUGUUGACAGGAUGCAACUGGGAAUAGCAGUGGCAAUCUCCGGCUUCCCUGCUCCAAGGAGCAAGUCUACAGUGUUCUUGAAUUAAGCACAAGAUAAAGAAAAGCUGUUAAUAUUUUUCGAAGCUAUCGUUUUUGGGAGUGGUGGGUUACACAGGGUCUCACUGUACUAUCCAGGCUGGCCUUGAACUCACUCUGGAGCCCACCCUGGCCUUGAUCUCGCCUCUCGAGUUCUGGGUGGCAGGUGUGCAUUGCCACACCCAACUUAAAACUUCUUUUAAAAUAGCAUUUUAUAUACCUGAAGAAGAGUUCACUAAUUCUCCCCAAAGUCUCACCGCUAAUCUCAGGACAAGCCCAAGACCGCAAGAGCCUUCUGCGUCUCAUCCCCUCUUGGACAGAAGGGAGGCACGGAUUCUGUUCACAGCACUGAUCAGGUUUAGAGCAGAGCAUGUUUUAAGAACAGUAUUAACAGCUGUUAGUCUUUGUUUUUAAUGGCAGAACAUUUGUUUGGGGUCACUGUCCUUUGAUCGUAUGAUUAUCCCCUCCAUGUUUGGCAGUUGAGGAAGAGGGGACUGUGGCCGUGUGGGUGUUGGGAUUUGGGGAGGCUGAAGAUGGGGCUUUUCAAUAGCACCUGAGAGGUCUGGUAGCCAGGUGUGCUUCCCCCGAUGCCUCUAACACCAGCGGCUCUCGGACCUUGUCCGGCUGUGUUGGAUUGACAUCUUUUUAGGGUCUGAAGCCCUGAAGGGAAAGCGUUGGUGUUGCUGGGAGUGGUUAGGUCCCAAAGUGUGUGUCCUUGUGGACUGGUUCUCCUGACUGGUGCCGUGCUGCAGAAACUCCCACUCUCCCCAUACUUUGAUUUCAAAACAGAUUUUUAGGUGAUGCUGGCGUAGUGAAGUACACCUGUAAUCCCAGCCCUGGGGAGGCUGAGGUAGGAGGACCGCUGCGUGCUCAAGGCUAGCCUCAGCGACACAGAGACCCUGUCUCAAAACAAAACCCCCUAAAAUCUCCAAUAUUCCAAUGCUGAGCUUUCUUAGACAGGACAGAUCCGUCUUGGUGCAAAUAGAGGGAAUAAAAUACAGCCUGUCUUUAGAAAUUCACACUUCUUGAUUCUCAGUUAUGGGCUUUGGAUGUUGCUGUGUGUAGUAGGGCAUUCUGAUUGCUCAACAUCUGCAAACCGGGCUAAAUCUCCAGCAGACCUCCUGCCACAUGGUUACCCCACGCGUCCUGAAUUGGGGAAGCUGGAUUACAGUUUAAUGACUAAACUGUAUAUAUGUGCAUAUAAUGAAUUUUUAUCUUCUGUAAAUUAGUUUUAGAACACAAGCUGGGAAACGUGGCCUCUGUUCAUUUCGUCUCAUGAAAGCUACCUCUGAAGUCUAGUGGCUGCCAGUAGCAGGACAUUCGUUCACUUGUGGUUUAUUGACCUUUUUGCAUUGUAUAUAGUCUUGGUUGUACAUUGUCAGUGUAAUUAAAACAGAAUCUUUGUAUAUCAAAAUCAUGUAGUUUGUAUAAAAUGUGGGAGGGGGUUAUUUACAGUGUGUUGUAAUUUUGUAAGGACAACUAUUUACAAGUUUUAAAAAUUGCUAUCAUGUUUAUAUAUUUACAUAUAUGAUCAAUAUUAAAUCAUAACUUGGUAGGAUCCUAAUUAAAAGUUGUUUUCACCAACA